AUGUCCCCAAAAUAUAUAUUGAAUGUGAUUCUAUUAGUGUCCCUGCUAUUGGGAAAUGUUAAAGCUAUAUCUUCGGAGCUUAUAACAGAUCCGGACUCAACGACAUCAUCCAGUGAGGAGGCGGCUGAAGUCAGCGUUUUGAAUAGCAAUCUAAAAUCACGCAUGUUGAAUUACGAAUCGGUUGACGGCAAUACCUGUCUUUUGGAUAUUAUUAAGGACGAGGUGAUAUGGUGGCUAAAUCCCAAUGGGACCUUAAAGGAAGGCACAAAAAAAUUAGCACACAAAAUGUAUUUGGAUCUAUCGCAUGGCGACCUUAAAGAGGACAUUGAAUUGUUGCAUGAGGCGAAAUCGGCAAGGAAAUUCAUUAUAUGGAGGAUAGAAGUCUUCUCGGCUGCAUAUAAUACCCUAACUGCUGUUCCUUACAAGACCCUUAACUCUAUGAGGGAGUCCCUAAAGUUUUUAUCGCUACGAGGAAACAAUUUCGCCGACCUUAUUCCAGAUGUCGAAGCCUUUGGGCGGUUCUUAAACGAAACCCUACUGGAAACAAGUAACACUACACAAAACAAAUGCGAAUCACUUUUCGCACAAAAUGCCACCGAUCUAUUCGAUCGGGAGUGCUCCAUUUACUUUAAAAACAACACAACAUCGGCACACAAACACACAUCGGGUAUAAAUUAUACGGACUAUAUUCGAGUAUUAAAAGAUCGCUAUGAUCAACUUGGAAAGACAUCUCAAUCUAUAGAAUGGGCGAGAUUCCCGAAACUGCCUCGACUUUCGGAGCUGGACAUCAGCAACUGCAGCAUAGAGUAUGUGAGCAAGGAUGCGUUCCGGAAUAUAAGCAAUCUGCGACGGCUCUUCAUGUCGGACAACAAGAUAAUGACUCUGAACCACGAUACAUUCUACCACAUACAAGGAUUGCAGUAUUUGGACCUAUCCUUCACCAACUUCUUGACCUACAGUUACCAACUUCAGCUGCCCACUUUGGAAAUGGCUUUGAGUUUGAUCUAUGGACUGAAGAUCCAGCAAAAUGUAUUCAAAUAUCUACCAGAAUUGAUUUACUUGGACUUAUCCCAUUCGAAGAUGACCCGCAAUAGUGCGGUGGCCUUUGCCCAUCUGAGUGAUAAGUUGAAGUUCCUGAGUCUUUGUUACACCUCAAUCCCAAUGGUCAGCAGUACGAUCUUCAAGAAUACGGUUCUUGAAGGUCUGGAUCUAUCGGGUAAUCCCUAUCUAUCCUACAACAUUAUCGAUGAUGCCUUUGACGGAAUCGCGGAUACGCUUAAGUAUUUAUUUUUCGAGCGUUCCAACCUCAAGGAUUUUGAGUGGUCCAAAUCGUUGAAAAAUCUUCAAAUUUUGGGUCUCGCGGGUAAUAAUAUAAAUGCUCUGUCUCCGACAAUGUUUCAAUCCCUGGAGUCUUUGGAGAUUCUGGACUUAAGCUCGAACCAUGUGGGCAAUUGGUACCGCAGUGCUUUUCACAAUAACUCCGCCUUGAGAGUUUUGAACCUUCGAAGUAAUACCAUCAACAUGUUGUCCAACGAAAUGCUCAAGGACUUUGAGAGAUUGGAUUAUUUGAGUCUGGGCGAAAAUGAUUUCAUUUGUGACUGUCAUUUAAGAGAAGUUGUAGAGGUGGCGGCCUCAAAUAACAAGGAUGCUGAUUGCUCUUACAAUCUGCUGAACUACAGCCAGAAAUCGAUGGAGCAGGAACUUCUCUCGGCUGCAAAUACACUGAAUAUAGAUCGUAAGCUCUGGCAGAGUCGCUAUAUUCCCUGGUUAAAUAAGAGUUACUCCAACAUUAAGGAAUUCAAUCGAGUGAAUCAUAUCAUCAAAAUGAGAUUCCUUUCCGAGAACUUCAAGGCCUCCAAGUGUAUUACUGCAACGCAAUACCGAAUGGAGGAUUCGGACGUAGAUUUCACCCUCAAGUUUCAACUUCUUGACUACGAAGCCAGCCAGUAUUAUUGCUUUAAUAAUACCGACCUACUUCAAGUGGACGAACUCAAUUGCCAGAUGCGAUCGAUGACUAAUUUUACAGAGCAGUUGCAUCGUGUAACCAAUACAGUGAUUGCAGUAAUUGGCUCUAUUCUUGGAGUUUGCAUCCUGGGAUUUAUUAUCUACCUGAAGCGUUGGCACAUCCACUACUAUUACUCAUCCUUGAAGUCGGCAGCCUUAUUGUCCAGUGCAUCGAAGGAGUCGGCGGAUAAUUUCACCCAUAUAUCUAAAAGAGAUCCCAGUGCUGUGUACGAUAUUUUUAUAAGCUACUGCCAAAACGAUCGACCCUGGGUUCUCAACGAACUCUUGCCGAAUGUAGAGGAAACUGGGGAUAUAUCUAUUUGCCUACAUGAACGAGAUUUUCAGAUCGGAGUAACUAUUCUGGAUAACAUAGUCUCUUGCAUGGAUCGUUCGUACGCCCUAAUGCUAAUUAUAUCAUCAAAAUUCCUUCUUAGUCACUGGUGUCAGUUCGAAAUGUAUUUGGCACAGCAUCGCAUCUUUGAGGUCAGCAAGGAGCAUUUAAUCCUGGUCUUCCUGGAAGACAUUCCCCGAAGAAAGCGACCAAAAACUCUGCAAUAUCUGAUGGAUGUGAAAACUUAUAUUAAAUGGCCAACUGGAAAAGGUGACGCAGUUCCUAAGUUGGAGGAGCGGAAACUAUUUUGGAAGCGCUUAAGAAGAACCCUUGAAGCCAUUGGUAUUAGUUCCAAAGAGAUUAAUGUUUAAAAAUUAGUAAGCAUACUAUCAUUUUAUUGUGGAGUUCUAGUCAGUUUUGCAAGUACCUGAAAAUCCAUCUUUAUGAAAAUAAAUUUUCCAAAA